AUCCACCACAUCGUCGUCGCCGGCCUGGAGCUUUGCGCCAUCCAUCCGCCACCCGCUUUCGGAUCUCAUCGAGUUGAUGCAGGGGAGAGGACGUUGACAGCGUUUCGUGGGCAUUCUGCGCUCCGGCGAGACUUCUCCGAUCAUGUUGUGCUGCGGAGGAACCGACGAGGAUAUCUACGGCCCUCCGGCCAGCCAGCAUUCCGCCCCACCCAACCGCAAUGUUCCAGGUCGAGACAGAGACCCCAGAGGGGGGCCAGGUGGAGCCAGAGGUGGAGGAGCCCCGCCGAAGGUCCUGCCAAUCGAGAUUCCGGCAAUACCAUUCUCUGAGCUCAGCAAUAUGACCAACAAUUUCAGCGACAAGGCAUUGGUCGGAGAAGGAUCCUAUGGCAGGGUCUUCCGGGCCACCCUCAAAACAGGGGAAGAAGCUGCCAUUAAAAAGCUGGAUCCAAGUGCAUCCAAUGAACCAGAUACUGAAUUUGCCGCGCAGUUAUCAAUGGUCUCGAGGCUCAAGAAUGAGUUCUUUGUAGAGCUGUUGGGGUACUGUCUGGAUGCGAAUAAUCGAAUACUAGUUUAUCAAUUCGCGACCAAAGGCUCUUUGCAUGAUGUUUUACAUGGGAAGAAAGGUGUGCAAGGGGCUGAACCAGGGCCUGUUCUUAACUGGAGCGAAAGGGUUAAGAUUGCUUAUGGUGCGGCAAGAGGACUCGAAUAUCUUCAUGAGAAAGUUCAGCCUCCGAUCGUCCAUAGGGAUGUCAGAUCGAGCAACGUUCUAUUGUUCGAUGAUUUUGCUGCCAAGAUUGCUGAUUUCAAUCUGACCAACCAGUCUCCCGAUACCGCAGCUCGUUUACAUUCGACUCGUGUUUUGGGAACUUUUGGAUAUCAUGCUCCAGAAUAUGCCAUGACAGGCCAACUGACCCAGAAGAGCGAUGUUUACAGUUUCGGAGUUAUUCUUUUAGAGCUACUAACCGGCAGAAAGCCGGUAGAUCACACAAUGCCUAAAGGACAACAAAGUCUUGUCACUUGGGCAACUCCAAGGCUAAGUGAAGACAAAGUUAAACAAUGUGUGGAUCCAAAACUAAAUGACGAUUAUCCACCAAAAGCCGUCGCCAAGCUUGCAGCAGUUGCAGCGCUUUGUGUGCAAUAUGAAUCUGAUUUCCGACCAAAUAUGACCAUUGUUGUCAAGGCCAUUCAGCCUCUUCUUAACGCGAAACCAGGGCAAGAACACCAUAACUGAUGUUGAAGCAUCUUUGAUUACACUCCUAUCGUCGUCUUGUUUCUUCGCUUCAUCUUGUCUGUUGGUUAAAUUUGAGAAUGGAAUUAGUAAAAUUCAGCAAUUUAAAUGUAGUUGGUGUAACAUACUGAAAUGAAGUAGAAAAAGAUGGGUGGAACUGAAAAUAAAAGUCUUUCAGAAAGGAUUGAACAUAUAUAUCGUUCUAGCUU